AUGAGUCUGUGUUCAGAUCCUGUCAGGUUGGUGGGAGGAGCCAGUCGCUGUGCUGGUACCCUGGAGAUGAAAGUCCAAGAAGAGUGGAGACCAGUGGAUGACUGCACUGUCCCUGAAGACAGCAGGGACUCUGUCAGACUGGUUAAUGGGUCCAGUCUGUGUUCAGGCAGACUGGAGGUGAAGUGGAACCAGUCCUGGUCCUCAGUGUGUGAAGAUGACUUUGACCAGCAGGAUGCACAGGUGGUCUGCAGGGAGCUGGGCUGUGGGCCUCCUGUAGUCCUCCAGGGGGCGCUUUAUGGAGAUGUGGCGGCUCCAAAGUGGACCAAAGAGUUCCAGUGUGGAGGAAAGGAGUCUGGUCUUUUGGCUUGUGGAAGCUCAGGCUCAGACAGAAACACCUGCUCACCUGCUAAAGCUGUUGGACUCACCUGUUCAGAGCCUUUCAGGUUGGCAGGAGGAGCCAGUCGCUGUGCCGGGACACUGGAAGUCAAAGUCCAGGAAGACUGGAGACCGGUGGAUGACGGGGGACGCAACUGGUCUCUGAAGACAGCAGGUGUGGUGUGUCAACAUCUGGACUGUGGCUCUGCUGUUUAUACAAAUAGGACAUAUUUUGCAUCAAACAGACCCGCGUGGAGGACCACAUCUGUGUGUGUUCAGGCUGGAUCUGCACUGAGGGACUGUGGUACUUCAGUUUCCUCUUCCUACAGCCAUCAGAUCACCUGUUCAGACCUGCUGGUUCAGCCAAGCAUCUCUUUGUAUUCCACUGUGGGCGGGGCUUCUGAAGUCCACCAGCAAGAGUUUCAGGUGUUCAGAGGCUCACCCUUCACCGUCAGCUGCUCCAUCCAGCCACAGUACCCAGGAGGCUCCUUCCAGCUCAUCUUCACCUCCACCAACACAACAUGGAACUCCACCAAGCCAGCUGUCAAUCACUCCGCCCUCUUCCCGCAUCCUGCUGCAGACUACACCCACCAAGGAAACUACAGCUGUGUUUAUCAUAUCCACGUUUUUUCUCAUAACUUCUCAUCUGAGAGUCAUCUGGUGUCUCUGGCGGUCUCAGAUCAAACCGUUGCUGUGAUCAGACUGGUGGUCGGCAUGUUGCUGACUUUGCUGAUGGUCAUCAUAUCCACUUGUUUCUGCAGGAAGAAGGCCGUCAGGCAGGUGAACACUGAAGAAGGCCCAGCUGAAGAAGAAGAAGAAGUCCAGCAGCCCCAGUAG